CGGUUACAAAUGAAAUCGAAACAAAACUUCGUUUUGGAUUCUUUGACUUUAUCUGAGAUAAGAUAGCAUACCAAUCGAGUGUCACAUGAAGACUUUGAAGAGAAUCAUACUGACAUCAGUAGAUGUUUAUGGACACCUAGAUUGAAAUAGACAACAAUAUGCAGGGCCUGUCUAGGCAGAGGAGCGAGGAAUAUAAGGUACUCUGUGGAUCAUGUCCAGAUGAGCAGUGUCGGGCUAAGCUGUUUUUUCCUGCAUACGACAAGAGCGUAGAAUGUACAGGUUGUGGAAAACGCCAUGAGCGGACAUCACUACAAAACAUCGCCGAAGUAACCAAUCCAAGUGUAGCAUUGCACAACAUCCUGAAAAACAUCCUACUAGGAAAUGUGAAACCGAAGAAAGGAACUGACGAUGUCCGAGUUUUAGGCUUAUCAAAUUAUGUUUGUAAGUCCAUUUCUCCUAUCCUCACACAAUAUGGAAUGGACAAGAGAUCUGGUAAGGCUAAACUUUUGAGAGAACUUUCCCAGCAAGACAUCUUCAAUUGUGGAAAGAUUCUUGGCGAUCGUGCUUUCCUCAUCGAGGAGGAAAACUUGGAGGUGAUCGGAUAUGGGAGGGAUAGAUCCGGAAGUGUCAGAUACUUGGGUGAUAUUCUGAAAGAAAUCAAACUCUACAAUGAUGAUGAAGAACGUCUUGUCCCAAUACAUGCCGAUGGUGAUGGACACUGCCUUGUGCAUGCUGUUUCUCGAGCACUGGUAGGCAGGGAAUUAUUCUGGCAUGCUCUACGACUGAAUUUAAGCGAUCACUUCGAGACAAAUCUUUCGCGUUACAAGGAACAUUUUAAAGAAUUCAUAGACGUCGAUGAGUGGGAUUCGAUCAUAAGGGAAUGUGACCCAAACUUUAUUCCCACUGACGGAGAACCAUUAGGUCUAAGAAACAUUCAUGUGUUUGGUCUAGCUAAUGUUCUACACAGACCUGUGGUCCUUUUGGAUUCCUACCUGGGUAUGCAAAGCUCUGGAGACUACUCAGGUGUUUUCCUGCCAGCCCUAGUCGAGCCUGAAGCUUGCAGGAGUCGAGAUGGUACAUUAAACAAACCUCUGUGUAUUGCCUGGAGUAGUUCCGGACGGAAUCAUUACAUUCCUCUUGUAGGAAUCAAAGGAAGAAAACUGCCUAAUUUGCCUCGAUCUAUGAUCCAGAGAGCGUGGGGAGUUCCUUCAGAUUUGAUUGAUAAGUAUAUCGAGUUUGACCAAUCAGGACUUUGCAAAAUAGGAGGAGACAAAUGUUUAUCAGAUAAGUAUAUCCGUCAACUGGUGUCGGCCAUGGAUGAAGUGUUUAUUCAAAAGAACGGGGUCCCUCCUCAGCUUGUGGCUGAUGUACAUCAAUUCCUGUACAAGUCAUCAGGAAUUGUUGGGGUGAAACUUGAAGAUGUGAUAGAAACAACAAAAACAGCCAUUGAGGAGAAGGUUCUCUACCGGUGCCUUACUUGUGAGGCCCUGAUCAAGUAUCAUCUGCCCUCUGAGUGGUUCAAGAGAGGAGGCAGCCUUUACAGCCUUGCAAUAAAGACACACAAGACUCUCUUGACAGACAAGAAAUAUGUCUUUCCCUUACAAGGAGUGACGUGUAUGUACAACAAAGAAAAAGAUGUUUUAGUCCCAGAUAAAGAAGCCUCAAGCCUAAAGAACUGCUCCUUCUGCCAAGGUGACGGUGUACGUCUAGUCAAACCAGAUGGAAGUGUACAGUAUUAUAAUGGUGACCGUACCUUGGCCCGGUCUACCUCCGGCAGGUGUGCCUGCGGUUUCAAGCAUUACUGGGAUGGUAAAGAAUACGACAACAUUCCAGAGAUAUUUCCGGUGACCCUCCAGUGGAAUGGUAAGGUGGUUGAGGAGAAGGUGUCCUGGUUCCAGUACGAGGCCGACCCAUCUAUGAACAGUAAUGUGUUUCAAGUAGCACAGAAGUUAGUGCAGAAACAUUUCCCAGGUGAAUUUGGUAGUGAGCGCCUUGUCCAGCAGGUUGUUGACACAAUCUUACGUAAUACUGCCAAUCGGGAUGUGGGACAAAAGGAGGAAGCCGAGGGGUCACAAGAUGUUGAUAUGGCAGACGACCCUCUAUGGUCAUCCGACACAGCCUCUAAAAUUAUACUGACCGGUUAUAAGCAACAAACCCUUCACAAAGAGGAGCUGACAAAGAGUGAGACAGAGAAACAUGUCCGUAAGCAGGUGGAGAGCCAAGCUCCCAAACAACAACAGAGGAGGACGAAGGAGGCUGCUGUCAUGGCAGCCAAGUCUAGUCCUAAAAAGUCAAAAUCUGAUAUCAUUGCCAAGAAAACGGAAAACGUCAGCCCUUCUCAUGUUCCUAUGGAAACUACACCAGCAACAAAAACCAGUCAGAAAAAAGUUCGCCUGGCAACCUCAGACGGAAGACAGGUUAUGCUGACCCUGGAUAAGGAUCUGACCUUUGAUGGCCUACAACAGAUGAUUCAAUCAGCUGUUGAUGUCCCUCCAAGUCGGCAAAAAAUCAGGGUCGGAUUUCCACCGAAGGAACUCAAGCCUCCCGCUGACUCGGAUUCAGAUCAACUCCUGAACCUUCAACACGGUGACAAGAUCGCUGUGGAAGUGCUGCCGGACCCUUUAUCAAAUGAAGGAAGGUCAAAGUCAUUUAGUGCAGUGUCGGCCUCUCCUGCACCAAGUGCACCGCGGCUGAGCUGGAGUCACUUUGACGAGGACACCCACCCAGCCUCGGCUGAUUCACUGUUACAGAGUCUGAAGGAUGCACAGGAUGCAAAUGACACUUUAGAUGCCAGCAUUGCAUCACUUGCCAUCAUGGCUACCAUUGCUGGGAAGGACCUUUGGACCCAAGUUCAGAGUAUGCCACAUCUGUUCUCCGUUGGGGGUCUUUUUUACAAACAGGUGGAGCGUGACCUCGGACUUGUAGAUGGUAAACACUGCCAGCUUCCGUCACUUCAGGGAAAGGUGUUCCGUUACAAUGCUAAAGAAGGUAGACUUGAGCUCUGCAUGGAGCCUUAUGGCCACUUCCCGGUAGAACCAGGCAUUGACAGAAAAAUGGCAGAAUUGAAGGAGCAAGAGGAAAAGAUAAGAUUCGGAAGCAGUGGUGCUGUGAAGCAUGACACUAAAAAACAAGCUGCAUUCUCUGGUGAGGGACAUUCCUUACAGGCCAUGAACAUCGAAAGAAUGCCUAGCAACAUCACCAACAUGGCCACCCACCAUCACCAUGGCAACCAUCACAAUACUGUUAGAAAUAUGCAGACAAUGUGUAGUCCCGUUAAGCACGAAGCUGCCAUACCAGAAGAUAUGGUAACGGAGAGUUCCAUAAAGGGAAAUAACUCUGGCGAAGACAGCAGGAAGUACCAAAGAUUGGGGCCUGGUUACAGUGUGCUGGACCCGAAUGAUACUGAUAACACCAGUCAAAGUGCGAAAUUCUUCAAGGAAAUUACAGAGAGUAUGGAAAAGUCCAUGCAAGAAAUUGAUCAAGAGAUGGAACGCCUUGAUGAGGAAGAAAAGAGACAUUUUUCUACUACGUCUGCAGAUGUGACCACUGAAACGAGACCUGAAGCCGUUCAGUUGACUGUACAGACUGGAAACGCCGUAAGAACCAGUCCGUCUACAUUAGAACAGCCCCCAUCUGACUCAAUGCAAUCCGAUGCCUUAGAAAUUGAUAGGAACCAAGGAGAAGUUAAACUUCAGACAGACAAUUUAACUAGUGGAAGUUUGGACGAUGACAAAAUAAACACUGAAAGUGAAAGUAGAAAUCCUGAGGAUGAAUGUGGUGAUAUAAGUGCAUCUGGAGGUUCAGAUACUUGUAGGACUCAAAUAUCUCCUACAGUGGAAAUUCCCGGUUCUGUUGUCAUGUCAGAACUUCCAUCGGAAUCCUUGGAGAUAGUGUACGAUAGAACCAGGGACUUCACAUUAACGAGUGGGGCCAGUGUCGAAACCAAUCAAAGACCAGUUGGUGAAACGUUACAGGAGGAAAGUAUGGACAGCCGUUCAACAAAACUAGAAAAUGUUGAAGGGAAACUUGAGGAGUCAAAAUCUGAUGAUAAUGUGAAGAAAAUAUAAAUAUGUCUUAAAAAUACUUACAUAAGGCAAAUGUAAGUAGUACCCUUAUCUACAAAGUAUGACAUAGGAUCAACAGACAAGUCCAGAUGUUGAAAGCAUGUCAACCUAACGAGGAAAAAGCUGUUUGAAAUGCUGUUAGCUAGACAGUACAUAAACUAAAAAAAAAUUCAGAAUGUAUUUUGUUUAACUUUCAACAUUAUGAAAUUGUGAAAAUGCUUUAAUGUGUUGAAAUGUGCAGUAUAUUAUCAAAUAAUUUGAGAUUGAAAAUUUUAGAUAUUUAAUAUGAUAUCCUAUAAAAUAAGUGCUUUAAACAGACACAAUUAAUUAAACAAAUAGACCUAAAUAUUAUUUAAACUCAGCUUACAUUUGUUUUUAAUUGCAGAUGUAUGAAAUACUUUCAGUUAAUUUGAUCAAGACACAUCUGUACCAUAUUACAACAUUUAUGACGGUUUAUAGAUUUAUACAAAAUCUGACGAAGGACAUUUGAUACAAAGGUUAAAUUGUAUCCGUUUCCUACUGAACUGGCUGCUCUUUUUACGAUAUGUUACUGGAAUGUUGGAUUAGUGAAGUCAAAGGUUCUAGGUUCAAUCUAGAGUCAAGCUACUAUAAGCCAGAGGUCAGGGGGUCAAGUUUGAAUAGGACACUAUCACAUCUGUCCACCAUUUUAUUGGUGAAAACCUACCACAGCAAGCGGUCAAUUUAUGGGUGAGAUGAUUCCAAUAGAUGACCAAUGAGUGACGGGCAGAAUUUAAGUCGGAGGCUAAUGUAAAGAACCUUGCAUGUAAAAAGUCCAGAACAAGUAAAUUGCUCAAGAGAAUAGAUUUGUUAUAUAUAGGCCUAUAUAUAGAUGUAUAAUGUAAUACUUAACUCUGUAUCUUUAUACAAAAUAUGUACCGGUGGUGUUGCUUCACAAGAAAGAUCUUGCUUAUCAAGCAAGCCUAAAAGUCAAAUUCAGAAAUGUGACUUUGCUUUUUGAAAAUGAUGAUCUAUUUCAUUUACCUGGAAAAACACACUUCAAAGAUUCAUUUUCUCUUUCCAGAUAAAGAAAAGUAAAACCACAGGGGCUUGACACAUUCCUAUGAUCCAGAAUGAAAAGUUCAGCCCUGGGCCUACCCCUAGAUCACUAAUAAUAAUGAAAAAUUAACCCCAGGGUCGGAACUCUAGAUCACUUAUCAUGAAACCUGAGACUAAAGUUUUCCUCUCUGUCCGUCUUGCCCAUUUGUAUGUAACGCCAAGGAUUGUUAUUCAUUCCUGGGAGGAUGUGAUAAAUAUGUUCAAGUUCCAGGGUUUUUGGGUCCGGGACACUUUAACUAUAUUUUAG